GUACCUUGCGAGUACCAUCGCGCUUGCGCAUCACCCACAGCUCUCGGCACACGGGCCGACUCGUUAUAGUUGUCGAGCCUUCUGGGUAAAGGCUGCCGUAGGCGCUUGUGCGGGCGAGCGGAAGCAUGCCGACGCGCGUGCGUACUACAACAUGCAUGAGCCUCGGCUCUCACGCACUGCUGCUGCUGAGCCUCCUGCUGGGUUCGGUUUCCGCUUCCGCUGCUGCUGACGGAGCAGCGUCGACGACUCCGCCCGCCGCCACUGCUGACUCUGCCUUCGUCCCGCCUGCUACCACCGUGCGCAGCUGGUUCGGCAGUGUCCCUAACACAAGACCUUCAGCAGCUACGGAGUCACCCGUCUCCGCGCGUCCUGUUCCGCCUGCUGCCGCCUGUUCCCCGGCCUACAAGCUUGGCACGGCGAGCACGUGGGUUCCUGCUACUAGGGCUGCUUCCAGCGCGAUUUCGGCGAGGAGGAGUGGAAUGGCUAUGGAGGCCGCGGCGGGCUCGUCUCCGAAGAUCAUCAUUGCGGGAGCACCCGCGUCCGGCAAGGGCACCCAGUGCAGCAUGAUCAAAGAGCGCUACGGGGUCGUCCACUUGUCAACAGGUGAUAUGCUGAGGGCGGCGGUCAAAAACCAGACUCCUGUGGGUUUGGAAGCCAAGGGCUACAUGGACGAGGGAAAGCUCGUGCCGGAUGAGGUGAUCAUCGGCAUCGUCAAGGACCGCCUCAACGAGGACGACUGCAAGACGCAGGGCUGGCUGCUCGACGGCUUCCCCCGAACUCGCGCUCAGGCGGACGCGUUGGCCGCAGAGGGCAUCCAGGCUAACUCCUUCUUGCUCCUAAACGUGCCCGACGAGAUGCUCAUCCGGAGGGUCGUCGGCCGCCGCCUCGACCCCGACACGGGGGACAUCUACCACGUGGACUUCAACCCUCCCCCUGCUGAAAUCGUAGACAGGCUGAUCCAACGCGCGGACGACACCGCAGAGAAGGCGCAGGUCCGGCUGGUCCAGUACCACAGCAACAUCGCGGCCAUCAGGGAGUGCUAUGAGGACAUCACCUGCAGCCUGGACGGCUCGGUGGGGAAGGAGGAGGUGUUCCUGGGCAUCACGAGCGAGCUAGACUCGACGCUGGCGGCGGCCGCGGCCAUCCGCGGCGGCGGAGAGGGGGGGAGAGUGGUGGAGGAGGCCACGGAGCCCAUCGAGGGCAUGAAGCCGGGGACGUCGGGUCUGCGCAAGAAGCCGUCGCGGAGAGGGGGCCGGCGGGGGGGAGGGCUGGGAUUGGGGGAGGGGUUAGGCAGCAGGUAGAUGGGCAGGCGAGACAAACUCAAGAAAGUGGUAUUAUAUAUACGAUUCUGGGACGUACGUGAGUCCUGCGCUCGCAGAGGGGUUCACCAGGCGGCAACUUGAGAGUUGUGUGUGCUUUUUUUUUUUUGUACUGGUUCGAAUUUCGUGGGAAACGGCAUGGCCGGUGCCGUCUCAUGAUAAAUUUUAUUUCUAGUUUCCUCGUGUGUGUGUGUACGGCAAUUCUAAACACUGAGCGGCGAGGGGGGCGCUUGCCAUGGCAUGCAUGGGAUAGGCGACCCGCCGCUGCUGGUGUUCACCUCGUUUUGUGAUGGCUGGUUUGAUAUCUUCGUGUUGUGCCUUACACGAAGAACUAGUAGAGACGGUUACCGAAAUUUUAGACUCUUGUACACAGUUUUUCCGUAGAGAGAUUAGGGGUGUACACAAGCAGUGCAGCAGUAGUUGAGCUCCGAAGCUCUGUUAGUAUUUUGGUAUUUUGUUUUUCUCUGGUGCUUCUAGAUAAUGUGCGCUGCUGCUUUUCUCGAUCUCCGAAGGCCAUUGGGCAUGGCUUUUGCUCCUGAUGUGCCAUUCUAAUCCAGAUCCCCAACGGGGAACCACUUCCGUUACGGCACUCGUAAAACCGACGGGGUUCUUCGUUCUUUGGAUGACGGAAAAACACAGAACACACGGAUAUGCACGUCACAGAGAUGAGAGACCCAUCCAUAUUUGAUC